AUGUCAUCCUCAAAUCUUGCUGAAACUGAUGCAGCAGCAAGUGACACAUCAAAAUCAUCGUCAUUAACAUCUAACCUCCUUCCUCUCCUGGACCAACUUUCUCAAUAUGCCCUCGAUCUCUCACAAAACAAAAUCUUUACCACCUCACUCUGUGAUUACAUUCAAAGUGCCUCACAACAAGUUUUCCUCUAUGAAAAACUUGUUCAAACCAAUCCAGAUAAUCCCUUCAUUGCAACAAUGAAUUAUUCCGAUGUUCAACGUGUAGCCGAUGCCCUUCAUGAGGCUUGCAUCUACUUGAUGGAAGUUCUCGGCAAGGAUCCACAAUUCUCUCGAAAGGAAGACGCUCAAAACGAUUACAUGUUUGAGCGGGAAGAUCGUGAACAAGUGGGAAUGAUGAAGGUGCGUACCUUAAAUAUCAUUGAAACGACGCGAAAAGCCAAUACCAACUCGCUCAACGAGGUGCAAAAGAGAAAAAAUUUACAGGCGCAACAAGUCUUUCAAUUCGAUUUGCACGCUCGUUUGUAUAACUCAAAGAAUGGUGUUGUUCAACCUGAGGAAUUGACCAAUGAUUCGAGAACAUUCCACACCAUCGGAAAUGAAAAUAGUGGAGGAAGAGAUUCAUUGAUGAAAAAAUUGUUUCACGUCUUGAAUAAUCAAAUUGCUCAACAGAAGGAACAUCAGGCUCAACAACAAGCUUUGGCUGAGAAGGGAAAGGCUGUUAUUAGUGCAGCUGAUAGUUUGGCUAGAAAUUCUGCUCAGAGAUUAAAGGUUAUUCUUGUGAAUGGUGUUACUGGUGUUGGUAAAAGUAAUUUCUGUAAUACCAUUUGUAGAGAAUUAUGUGAUCAAAAUCCUGAUACCAUUCAAAGAAAAUUCCAUUUGAGAUUGAGAGCAAAUACUAAAUUUUCUCUCACUACAACAGAAGCCAUGCAAUAUGUUGUUCAAACAUGGCACGUUGGACCAUUGCCAAUUCAUGAAAAACAACUUCGUGAAUUGUAUCAACAAUCUUUUAUUGGUGUGACAACAAUUCUCUAUUUGGAAGAUCCAAGUAAUAUCCAUCAAAUUUUGGCUCUCUUACCAAAUAUUAAAUAUUCUCCAUCCAGUCGUGCAUUUGUUGUCAUUAGUUCUAGAUCACAAUUGAAAUUGGAAUUUGAUAGAUUCUCAAAGGGUUAUAUUGACCUUGUAACUGACUCUGGUGUCAAACAAAUUAGAGAUAGAAUUGUUGAGCUCGAUACUGCCAAUACUGAAGGUAGUAUUGCUGCUGAUCAACAUGAUUUGGAUAAUUUUUCUGAUCACGAAUCUGACUUUGAAAGUGAUGAUGAAAGUAGUGGAGAAAGUGAUGAGGAAGAAAAGCCAACCAAAGCAGGUAAAAAUGACAAGUAUCACAUUAAAAAGACUCCACAACAGAAAAAGAUGGAAAAGGAACUCAAAUCAAUCUUUGGUAGUACCAAGAAGAAGACAUUUGCCAUUCACAUUGGUAUCAAGGAUGACGAUGAAAAAAUUCCAGUCUUCCAAAGACACUUUGAUGUUAUUUAUUGUACAUUGGAACCACUAAGUUUUGAUGGAGGUGCUGAAAUGAUGCAACACCUCAACCCACAACUCCAAAGUGACGAGACAAGAUCUGUCUCUGCUUUGGCUGAAAAUUUACCAAUAUUUAUCAAAGUUCUCACCAGAUCUCAAAUGCUCUAUGGGGGUGACCUGUCUGAUUACUCAUUUGCUAUUGGUUCAUUCAUGGAUAAGUAUGGCAACACUGAUUUCCCACAAUUGAGAAAACUUUGUCAAGGUUUCUUUAUUGGUAUCUGUGAAAAGUGGGACAAACAACUCAGAAAUUUUGCACUCAAACUCUCAAUCUUCCCAUUCUCUUUUGAUGCUGUCAGUGUUGGACUCGUAUUGGAAACUCCUCUCAAUGAAACAUUACGCUACCUCCAAUAUUUGAUCUUCUUUGGUUUGAUUGUUCAGUGUGAACCUGGUAGAUUUAGUAUGCAUGACUUGGUCAGAGAUACCUUCCAAAUUUACAAGGAUGAAGAAAUGAGCGAUAGAGAUCCACUUAAGAAUGAUAUUGCCGAAUGUGAGGAAAGAUAUGUCCAACACUAUUUCAACUUGUUGAGAUUAUACAAUAUGCAACAUGAAUACUCUGGUAUUAUUUACAUGCCUGGUCCUGAAAGGUAUGACAUGGAUAUUGAAAAUAUGAAAUAUGUUGUUGAAUUUUUGAAAGAUUUGGGCAAUACUGACUAUGUUGAUGCUCUUAACACUGGUAGAUAUAUUUUCAGAAAUUCAAUCUAUGCUAUUGAUAGAGGUCGUCUCUACACAUUCCUUGAGAGCAGUGCCGCAGUCGAUAAACUCCCUGAUGAUUUUGGAAAGGCCAACUUUUUCGAAGGUUUUGCCAUGAUUUACUUUGAUUUGAUGGAUCACAAGAAUGCCUACAUUAAGGCAAAGAAGGCCCUCGAUUUAUUAGAGAAUGCUUGUAUUUUGAGUGAUGUACCAAGUGACGAACUCAAACAAUUACCAGUACUUCUUCUUGCUGGUGAAAUUGCCUUUAGACAAAAUCAACAAGAUAUUGCUCUCAGAUUCUUUGAAAAGAUGGUUACUCUUGCCAAUAAGUAUGCUCACGACUGGCAAAAGAUUACAGUGGAAAAGAGUAGUGAUCCGUUUGCUAUCGUACAAGGUUUUGAGGAAAAUGAAGUAAUUGUCAAGGAUAUUUUUAUUGGAAAGUCUUAUAUUUGCCAAGCCAAGAUUUACAUGCAAAGAGGUGAUGUCAAGAAUGGUAAAAAGUUCUUUGAAAGAGGUCUCACCAUUAUGCAACGUAUUUACCAUCGUUACCAUCCAUUUAUCAGUGAUGCUUUUGCUUCCUAUGCUCAACUUCUUCGUGAUUUCAAAUCAAGUCAGUACUAUGAAGACAUUUGCAAGUACUAUAAGGAUGCUAUUGAAAUUGAUACCAAGAUUUUUGGUGAAGAUUCAUUCUCUGUUUGUGAAAAGUUGGAUGGCUAUGCUGUUGCUCUCUUGAUGCAAAACAAUUACGAAGCUGCCGAACCAAUUUUCCAAAAGACCCUCAUUACUAGAAAGAGGUUCUUUGGUGAGAAUGACAUUACUGUCAGUUCAACCCAUAACAACUUGGCUGUCUGUUUAAAGCACUUGAGAAAGGCCGAUGAAGCCAAGAUUCAUUAUGAAGCCUCUCUCAAUAUUUUGACUGACUUGUUUGGUCCAAAUGACUCUAGAGUUGCUACUAUCAAGACCAAUGUUGCCAAACUAAAGUUGGAAUUCUCAGAAUCAUAUGAAGACGCUGAAAAGACUUUCCAAGAAGCUCUUGAAACAUUGAAAGAUGAGAAUAUCCAUGAAAAGGGACGUCAAAUGGCCAGUACAUUGAACAGUUUGGGUGAUGCUUCUCGUCAAAGGCAAGACUAUACAAAGGCUCUCGAAUACUAUGAACAAGCUAUGGCUAUAUUGGAAGAAGUUAAAAAGAAGGCCAAUACUGAGAGUACUGAAUAUUCUGAAGUUAUUUCUGAGAGUGUGAAAAUUCUCCUCAGUAUGUCCAACUUGCACUACGACAAACAAGAGUACAAACAAGCUGAAGAAUUAUUGGAACGUGGUUUGGAAAUUAUUCAGAAACAUCUUGGUGGCGAGAACCAUCCUCUCUAUCCAAACUAUCUCAGUUUGGCAGCCAAUACCAAACUUAACAAGAAGGAUUAUUCAGGCGCUGAAGAAUACUAUCAUAAGGUUAUUGAAAUGAAGAUUAAGCAAAAGUUACCUCCAACAGGUAUUAUGCCAACAAAUCAAUCUUUGGCUGUCUGUUUGGAUCGUCAAGGUAAAUAUGCUGAAGCUAUUGAACAAUACCAAAAGGUCUUGAACAUUCUCAAUGAAAGCUUUAAGGAUGAUUUGGAUAAGCAAAUCUCAGUCAUUAGAGCUAUUGCAAGUGCCAGUACAAAGAAGGAACCAAAGGAUUUUGCUACUGCUGAAAAGUACUUUGCCGAUGUUGAAAAGUUAAUUGUUAAAAAGACUGGCUCUGACAAUAAUAUUGAAUAUGGUGAAAUUAUGAGUGAUUUGGGAGCUUGUAGAAUUCAAUUACAAAAGUAUGAAGAUGCCAUUCUGAACUUUGCAACCUGUGAAAGAAUCUUUUCUGAAUUCUUUGGAGACAAUCAUGACAAGACCAUUACUGCCAGAGAAAAUGUUCAAAACUUGAGAACUCUUAUGCAACAACAAAACAUCAAGCAAGGAUGCCCAUGUACAUUAAUGUAAACAUUAUUAAUAAUAAUAAAAUGACAAUAUUUUG